CCCUCUUCUUCUCAUAUCCAUGGAGCGCCCUAAAUGCCCCCAAAUAAAAGUUUGUACUUAAUUCUUUUUCCCUUUCAAUCUCAAAAUUUGCCCCCAAAUUUCCCAUUUUCCCUUUCAAUCAGAUAUUUCUGAAUAAGAAAAAGAAAAAUCAGUACUUUCUUUCCAUUGAAGAACUAGAAAUGAAACAGGAUUUCAAGGGAAAAUGUCAAGAGAAAAACUAAGAAGAGUCGCACUUCCUCCUGUUCAAGAGGUGUUCUUUUUUAUUUCUAUUGCUUUCAGUAUAUAUUUUUUUGAUUAUUUCUGUUGAUAAUAGUUGUAGGAGUUUGAGUGGUGAUUCUUUACGAGGUGUGGAGUUGCUGGUGCUACGGCGGAAGAGGAGAAUGGAGUGACAGUUGUUGAGAUGAAUGCUGGAAAGCGGAGACGGGGAAGAUUGCCGAUGAAUCAAGUGAGAACCACGUCGUCAUCGGCGGCGCCGCCACUGCUUCAAAGGAAGGAUGAGGAUGAUGAAGAAGAUGUUUGUUUUAUAUGCUUCGAUGGCGGCAGUCUCGUGCUUUGUGAUCGACGAGGGUUGCUGAUGAGAGGGCAACAAAAGCUGCAGAGCUUGAGCAGAAGGUGGCACUUCUUGAGAAUUGCAAGACAUGGAAGCUCGUUUUCGUCGUGGACAAAAGAAGUCCCCAGAAGAAGCAAAUCAAAUGCUUCAGAUGCAGGCAUGGCAGGAAGUGGAGCGUGCACGCCAAGGUCAAAGAGAUGCUGAGAGCAAGCUCUCUUCAUUAGAGCUGCAGGCUGAAGUGCAGAAAAUGAGGGUUGAAAUGGCUGCCAUGAAGAGGGACGCUGAGCAUUAUUCACACCAGUCGCAUUAUUUAACACCAAAACCCAUAUUUUACGGGUUUUUCAAAGAAGAAAAAUGCUGAGAAUAGAUGGUCUCUGCAAAAAGAUGGGCUACAAGGACGCCAAGUUACUGAUGCUUUACGGGGGAAGAAGUUCUAUUAAUAGGUAUUUACAAUGGAAGAGUGGUAAGGUUUGGAGCAAGUCAUUUUCAGCUGGGGAUGAUUCUUGUAAUUCUUGUUCUGAAUUGGAGGAUUUAUAUCUCAUUCUCAUGCAACAUGCUACCACUUGGGUGAUACAGGUUAAAAAGUUGCAGCAGCAGUUGCAGGAAGAGACCGAUUUGCACUUAGCUCUAGCAAGUGCUGUUGAACAUUGUGGUUCACCUUCUUCUAGUUCUCCAGGCAAGCUUCCAGAUAAGGCCCAGGAGCUUUUAGAUAGCAUAACUGUUCUCGAGAUUACCAUAGCAAAGUUACAGCAAGCAUUACACCAGGGACUGUGUUAAUUUUGUUGGCUGGAAGGUUUAUGGGGAAGAGAGUUGUUUUCUUGAAGCAACUUACUUCUGGGCUCCUUUUGGUCACCGGUGGGCAUUACAUAUUUUACUGCUAUCCUUGUUUCGUCAUUGAUUUGCUUACUGCUUGAAAAUAUUGGAUGUAUGAUAUAUGUUAUUCAAUUGCAAGCUGGAUAUAUGAACAUGUUUGUUAAAACCCUUGUUAUUGAUUUCUGCAGUAUUACUUCCAUAGUUUCUCA